GAACGAAUGUCGAAUUUCAGGAGGAAUUUACCAAAAUGGACGGCGGUCUCCCUAGAUGACGACAACUACGGCAGAGGAGGAAGACGAGGAGUGGGAAGCAAAUCCUCCUCGAUGGAAUUAUUAACUCUAGAAUCCGAGUCCACUCGAGGAUGGUCGAACUCCUUCUCCUCAGCAUGGAAGCCAGUUUGGUACACAGGUUGGCACACUGGCGUCCUAGGCUGCGCUGCCUCCGUCGUGCUGGUCCUCCUUAUAAACGUCGCUUUAACCAUCUACGCUGCUGCGAAUCCGGAGUACAAGAUGAGAGGAGGCGUUGGGACAUUGUAUUCUGGAGAUUGCAACAGGAGCAGGACGAUCGGGCUGUGGCUGCACCUCGGGAUAAAUGCCCUUUCCACGCUGCUAUUGUCCGGGAGUAACUAUACACAGCAGUGUCUCGCAGCGCCUACAAGAAGCGAGAUCGAUGCUGCGCAUAUGAGGAGACGAUGGAUGGACAUUGGUGUUCCGAGUGUUAGGAAUUUGUUCAGGAUUAAGUUGGAGAGGAGGCUCUUGUGGAUCGCGAUUGGGUUCACGAGUAUCCCGCUGCAUUUGCUGUACAUUUAUAUUACCAUCCCCGCCCCAGUCCCGGGAGUGAGGCUAAUUGGGGGGUUUCAGGUACAAUUCUGCAGUGUAUACAUCGCUAGCGGCGAAUGAGUUCGUCGUGGCUGUCGUGAGCAAAAACCACUUUGAGUCGGGAGCCUACUCAAACAUGACCGAGACAUUGGUCGACGACAGCGAGUGGUGGGCCAACAGCACGACCUCGGGGGGAUUCAAGGGUACCAAGAGGUUCGGGGUGUAUUCGGAAGCGCUCCCGCUCUUCAAGAGUGUGCUAGAGGGAUACAACACCGGAGCCGAGCGCUACGACGACCUGACACCUUCAAACUGCUCAAAAAUCUACAACACUGACUUUGUGUCCAGCCAUAGAAAUCUGUUCCUGAUUACUACACUUAGUUCCAACGCCGCACACAACAACACCCUCCUGGACAUGAUAAGUAUCGAUAAUGAACGGCCCACGUCAAGUGACUGGAUGUGCGCUUACAAUCUAAGCGGUGACACCUGGACUUCGAGGCCGUCCCGCUUCAAGUGCAAUCCCGGCGGGAUAGCCUCGAAUUUGGCGCGUGGCAUUCCAUGGCAGGUGGGCCUCCAUACAGGGGAGGAGGUAGAGAUAAGUGGAUGCAAGAGCGAGAGGACAGAGGAGAAGUGCAAGGUGCAGUUCUCCCUAGGGAUCAUGAUUGUCGUUAUCUUCUGCAAUCUCAUUAAAGCUUGUAGUAUGAUCAUGACGGUAGUUAGAUCUCAGGAGCCCACUUUGGUUACAUUGGGUGAUGCUGUAGACUCCUUUUUGAGAUUCCCAGACCCGACUACAAUGGGGAUGUGCUUCGCCGAUCGAGCUUUCGUCAAUAGGGAGUGGAAGAGUAGGUGGAGGGCUGGACAGGUGCGACACUGGAAGUUGAUGGGGGUGCAGAGGUGGUGGACUAGUGUUAGUAAGACAAGGUGGAUAACCUGUAACCUCUUCUGCUCUAUAGUUAUCAUUGUUGCUGGGGUGCUGCUCCGAUCAGGGAUGAUUAGGGACGGGGAAUACUUGGAGACGGACAUUAAAUCAAUGUAUGUCUCCCCCUCUUCUAAAACUCAAUUCGAGCAAAAUAUUGAUGAGAAGACAAAAGGUGGACCAGAGGCUUCGGCAAAGUAACUAGUGUCUCCAUAGUCAGCAUCACCCUCGGGAACAUAACCCAGGCAAUCCUCCUAGCCAACCUUCCACAAACUAUCCUCUCAUUCCUAUACCUAACUUACAACUCCCUCUUCACCUGCAUGCUUUCGGGCCAUGAAUGGUCCCUCUUCAGUCACCACCACCGCACCCUCCGUGUCACGUCCCCGCGGCCAGGUCAGCGUUCCACAUACUGGCUUCAAAUACCCUACACCUACGCCAUCCCUCUAAUGAUCCUGAGUGGCCUCCUCCACUGGUUGACCUCGCAAUCACUGUUCCUCGCGAGGGUCGAGAUAUCGGGACCACUCGGGGGGGAGGUUUCGUCAACGAUAAGCACUGUGGGGUACUCCUGCAUUGCACUCAUUUUCGUGCUCACGCUGGGGGGUUUUGCCCUGCUGGCGGCUGCCGGGAUGGGGUUUAGGCCAUUCGCGGCAGAGAUUACUACUGUCGGGAGUUGCUCCGCCGCUAUUUCCGCGGCUUGUCAUGCUUGGGGGGAGGACUCGGAAGUGAUUGUAGGGAGGAAGGUGCGGUGGGGAGAUGUGGGAAUUGAGCCGCGUUCGGGGGUGCGGCAUCUGACGUUUUCGAGUGAGAAAGGGGUUGGGAAGCCAACGCAUGGAGAGGCUUACGCUGGGACGGGGAGAGAG